CAUUCUCGUUGUCUUGUCCCGUUUCUAAUCAUAAACAAAAAUGGCGUCUACUUCGUGUUGUUUGGACGCGAUUCGCGAGUGUUGACGUUUUUCACGUUAAACUGUGCCGAGUGGAAAAAAAGAAAAAUAAGACGUUACACGACGACAACGAUUCGCCGCAAGUCAGCCAGGCUGUUACUAUUAUUCCUGUGAUAAUAUUGGAUCGUCCGUGUUCAAGGUAAGUGCGUAUACGUUUUUUUAUAUAAGCGUAUAUUUCAUUAUUCCGCCGUCGUUAUUGACAAUAAAACUAAUAUGCCUGUACCAAAUCUGUAAUAAAAUUUGCGGAUGAAAUCACUGCUAGGUUUUUUCUCUGUCGCGGACGAAAUUUGGUUUUGCUUACUGUUGUCGUUCAUCCGAAAUAACCGUCGUUGACGUUUUCUUGUAACUUUGGCGGUUGUAUUAAUAAUUAUUAUCGUUAAUUAACUAUUAUUAUUACCAUCGCCCCGUACCCUGUCUGUCAUAGGUACUUAGGUAACUCUGGAUUGAAUUUUCGUACUCAUGUUUGUGUGUGUGUAUGUGUAUGUGUGCGUGUGGGGACAACCGUGUUAUCAGCCAUAAUAAUACAUAGGAAAUAAAUAAUAAUAAAAUAAUGUGCCUACACUCCACUCCUAUGGUAGGUAAAGGUCAAAUUUUGUCGAUUUGACAUAUUAUUUUAAACCUUUAUAAUAUAGUAGACCUUUAAAAAUACCAGAGGUUUCUGUUCGGUCGAUUUUCGACAAUUCCAUUUUGAAAACGGUUCACCGUAAAACGACGUUUUGUAUUUUUUCGUUUUCUCUACGUUGUCCAGUGGUAGGUUAAAUUAGAUUAGGUAUAAUAAUUUUUUUUUUCCCCACUAUAAAAUGUUAAACAGUCGCCGAUCGAUAUUAAUCGCAUUAUUAUCGUGUAAGUAUCUACGGUCCGCCGAGAUAUCGAUAUUAUUUAUUGUUCUCAAAAUCGAACUAGAUUUUGUAAUUAUCCACUGUGUUUCGAUUCGUUGUUUAUUUUAUUUUUUGCCCGUUUUAAAAGUCUCGACAACGACCAUUUGCGUACGUCAUACGUCUUAUUUUAAUAUAAUUUAUACAUUUUGUUUAGAAAAAAAAAACAUCGAUUUAUGUAGGUAUGUUUUGCCUAGUUGUUAUACCAAACCUGCGAUUUCAUUGUAACACACACAUAAAUAAAUAGGUACUCGUUUAUUUAUCAGUAAUAUUUAUUGAAAUUUUUACUCGUUGUAUAUUAUAUAAAAUUAUUUGUGUAGGUAGGUAGAAACAUUUUUUCAUCUAUGCACCUUGAUAAUUUUAAUUAGUUAAAGCGAUUACAAAAAUAAAACCUUCAAAUGUAGCUUAUCUUAGUUUUAUCAUAGACUAGACAUUAACGUCAAGUGAGAUGUGAUCUAGUUUAUGAAUUGUUACUACUAUAAAUCUAUUAUUUUUCAUUUCUAAUUGUUUAAGGUCAUGCACUAUAAUAUUUACAGUUGGGAAUUAUCUGUGGUACACAUUAUUGAUUUUUGAUGUUUCCCUAAUUUUUCAUUUAUACUUGAUAUUUUCAAUUAUAUUUUGCUGCUCCGAUUUAAAUAGAUUACAUUAGUUAUCAAAAUUAAUAUGCCCAAAUAAUUUCUUUUAAGUAAAGGUAUGUGUUGAAAUAUAUUAAAUUGAUUUGAUUGGUUUUAUUCCAUAUCUAUCUAAUAUUUAAUUAUAUUAUGAUAAUUACAUUAUCAUAAAAUAUAAAUGUAUUAACUUUUUAGUUAUUAAUUUGUUUACUUAUUAAUUUAAAAACAAUUGCUUUGGUAAUAUUCAUAAUUUACCAUUAUUACCUAAUUAUUUUAUUAUAUUUUCUUUAGAAAAUGUACUAUGUACAGUACAUCUUACAUUGGUAUAUAUUAAAGUUUAUUUUAUUAUAUAAUCUAUAGUCACUGAUAAUUCACAAGGUAUUUAGGUAUGUUUUUUCUUGAAUAGGUCUAUCUACCAUUGAUGUGCAAUUAAAUAUAAAUCAGAUUAGGUAGGUACUCAAAUAUUUACUGCCUAAUUUUUGUUUUAUUUACCUAAAUUUAAAGUUAAAUUAUCUUUCAAUUUAGUACCAUUUAUAAUUUGAUAUUUGAUAUUUAUUUUUUAAUAUAAUUUAGUGCAUUUCAAAUUAACUCCAUAAUUAACUUAAGCUGUAUGUUUAAUAAAUUAAAAAUUGUGUAUUUAAAAAAAAAGAUAAUUAAAACCUCGAUUAAAACAUAAUGCACCUACCUAAUUACAAUUUGUUUUAGUUGCAAUUUAAAUUAAUAGAUAGGUAUUUAGUGUAAUGCAAACUGUGUAUAACAUUGAUUUAGUAUAAAUUAUGUACCUAUUUUGUAUGGAUGUGUAAACUUUGUGUUUAUAAACUAUUAAGUAAACUUAAACGUACAUAAAAAUUACAACUACAAAUUACAUCGAACUUAUAUUUAUAAUACUGUGAGCUCAUCAAUCUUUUGAUAUUCUUAAAAAAGUAUUUUUAUUUUUGUAAUGUGAGCUAAAUCAAUUUAUAAAAAAAAAAAAGAGUAAUAAUUCUAGGAACUCAUGAUAUUGAACCUGGAUACUUGAACAAUAAUAUUAUCAUCUUAACCCAAUGCGGUUCACUGUUAUUAUUAAAUACGAUUGAAAUCUAUGAUAAUUCCAAAUAAAAAAUAAUAUUAAUUAAUUCAACUUGGUUUUACAUGUAAGUGUUCAUAGGAUAUAAUGUAUAAUAACUAAAAAAAUAUAUAUUGAAAAAAAAAAUGAAAUUGUAUCAAUUUACCUAUUAUAAUAAUGGGAAGGAAAUGCAAAUAAAAAAAUAGAUUCCGCCCUCUGCUCAGAAUCUAAAAAGAUAAACAUUCAAGUCCUGUAUAUUCAAUCAAAUAAUUACAUAACUUUUCCUUAUUGUUUUUCCCAGAACAAUAUUAUUAUAUUAUAACUAUAGGUGAUUCAUUUAUACAUAAACUAGCUAUUUUCUCAUGCAUUUUCAAUGAAUUUGAUAUUUUUCUUAAACAUUAUAGGAUAGUUUAGGAUUAAUUUUCAAUUUUAACCUCCACUCCUUACAUGUUAAAUAUGUAUACACUUUUAAUUUUAAAACAGAAUCCUCCUCCAGAUUCAAAUAGAAAAUUGUUUAACAAAUUUGAAUAUACGUAAGUCUAUUAUCGAUUUUAGAACAGAUGAGUAGGAAAAGGCUAUAAAAUGGUAUGGUAAUGGUAUUAUUCAAAUGUGUUUGAAGAGAUGUAAGGUACUUUUUGAUUUUUUUUAUUGUUUAUUACAGCGAUAGUAGCAUGAUUUUAUUUUGUCUGUGUUUACUUGCGUAUAAAAUAACUGAUUAUGCAAUAAUAUAUUACCUACUUAUUAAAACUAUUAUAGGUAUAUUGCAUGCUUUUAAAAGGUUUUUAACUUAAAUCUAUAUUUUGUAUAUCUGAAUCUUUUUUUGUAAUGUUACUUUAUUUUACUAUAAUUGUUAAUUAAUAUAUCUAUUGUUUAAAUCAAAUAAAACAAUUUAAAUUUAAAAAAACCGAAUAAUACUGCCUAUUUUUUUUUUCAAAUGUGAAUGUACCUGUGUUUAUUUUACAAUUAUAUUCGCUCCUAAAUAUUUGUAUGAAAAUAAAUUUAAUUCAUUAAUUCAUAAUACAGUGGAAUAUUUUGUAUUCUAAACGCAAUGAAGACUUGUUUUUAUUAAGAUGUUUUCUUUUUCUUUUUUUUCUAUCUGAAAACAACUUUUUAUCCAGAUAUCCACUGAUCAUCGAUUUUUAGGAAUUGUUUAAUGCUAAUAAAUUUUAUCCAUUUGAAGUAUUGAGAAGGUCAUUUUUUGAUUUUCGUUGUAGUUUUUUUAUUUAUUAAUAAUUGGAGAAAAAAAACUAAAAUAUACUCAUUAAUGGUUUCUGUUAUUUUUCAUUUUGUUCAUUUGUUGCAAUUCAGUUGAAUAUAAUCGUAGUAGUUUUUUUAGCUUUUGAAAUUUUUGGAUUUUUGUUCAGUUGUAUGUGGCCAAAAUUAUUUUCAUCUGUCCAUAAUGUGUAAAAUUAUACACAAUCAAUUAACAACAGAUAUAUAGAUUGUCCAUCAUAAUUUUUAUUUAGUUGUAAAAAAAGAAGUUGAGCGUAAUGUAUUGAAUUUUUUUAUAAGGGUUUUUUAGUUAAAAUUUUAAAAAUUUACCAUAAUGUAUUUUCUGUGCACUUAUAAUAUUAGUUUUAUAAACGAUUAAUUUUAUUAGUUAAACAAUAGGUAUUUUAUAAAUUAAACUAUUAAAAAAAAAAAAAAAAAAAAUGUUCGUACUACGAUAUUGUUAAAUAACAUAAUAAGUAUACUAUUAAUAUAUGUGAAUGGUUUUGCGGACCGAACGAUCCCCGUUUUACUCGCGGAAAGCAAUUUUAGAAAUAAUAGAUAUUAUAUUAAAACGACAUGUAAAUGAAAAUCGCUGUGUAGGUCUUCAUGAAUAAUUAUAUGCACUGAACCAUAAACAUUCAUUUCCUAUUGACGUUUGUUAUUUCUACUUCGAUUCGUACCUUCGUAACUUCCUUAUUUCUUUUUUUACAUUUUUUAUUUGUUAUUAUUAUUUAUAGAUGAAAAAAAUAAACGAAACAAAAUAAAGUAAGUUAAAAUCGUCUCAUCAAAAAAAAAAAAAAAAAAUUAUAAUAAAGUAAAAUGUUGAUGAAUCAAUGUUUUUUUUUUUUUUUCUAUAUUUAUUGUGUAUAUUUAAAAUAAUUUUAAAUUUUAUACUACCCGUCUAAUUUUGGUUCUCGUUAGAAUAUUAUUUAAGAACAUCCAAAAGAGGAAAUUCAGUAAUAAUUUAACAGUAUUCUGUCAGUAUCCCGAGUAUAGGCACAUAAAUAUAUAUGACGUUAGGUUCGUAUACUUUAAUUACACCCGGAAACAUUUUAUUUUGAAUACCUUACAUUCUCUUCGACAUUAUAUUCCAUCCCGUCUUAUAAUGUAAAAAAAAAAUAAAAAUAUUUUGACAUUUAUUAUAUUAUCACGGAUGUUUGUGUUAAAAAAAAAUCUCAGUGUACAAUGUAACCACCUGCAAAUCCGUCUAUCAAAUAAUAUGUCACGGUUAUCUGUUUGCCCUAAAUAAUAAAUCUAUUUCCGUCGUAAAUAUUUCAAUUGUUAAUGUGGGUACAGAAAAAUUACCGAAUUACAAUUAUAAUUGUGUGUUGAUCACAAUACUAUUGCGCAAAAAGAACGUAGAAAUCGUAGUACAAUAGUUAUUAUUGUGUAAACGAUAUGUUUAAUUUGUUUCAAUUUUAAAAUAAUAUUAUACACAUUUUUAUUUUGGAUAAAAUACAAGUGAAGGUAUUUUAAUUUAGGGCAUUAACAAAUCACAACAACAACCCUUAAGUGACGCACUUUUAGAAUUAUUAUACUGGGUACCUUAGCCACUGUUUUUUAAAAAAAACAAUCUAAACCCGAUCGAAUAAAUUAGUAACAUUAUUAUUAUUUUUGUUGGUCGCUGAAAGCGUGUUCGCGUACAGUUUAAAAAGUCAUCAUUGUUAUACAAAUGUGAUAUUUCAAAUGUUUUAUUCGUAUUAUUAUUUGACAGGAUUUAAUUAUUUCAAUAUUUGUUGUGAAUUAUUUAUUAUUUCAGUUUUUGCUAAAUUCAUUUUUAAUGCUCGGGAUAAUUUUACAUUGUCGUCCCAGACUCCCAGCAGUAGUUUUACAAGCCCUAAAACUAAAUGAUUUCUGAUGUGACUUCAAGUGUUUUUAUUAGUAUUCCGUGUUAUAAAAUCUACAGUGCUAAUAUUAUUAUAUUGAUUUAUAAAAAUAAUAUUGUUUUCUUUAUCUAUUGCCUCACUCGUAAGAUUGUGAAAAUUAUUAUACAAAGUACCUACAGAUAAUAAUUGAUCUAACUAGUAAGUUCUGUUAUUUGUUGAAAAAUUAUCUUUGAUAAUAAAAAUUUCCGUAAUAGUUUUUGAUGGGGAAAUAUAAUAAACGGGAAUAUUAUUAUAUUUACGUAUCUGUGAAAAUAAAUGGUACCUAAUUAUUUUUAGUUUAUUGCUGAAAUUCCUUAUCGUGAAUUAUAAUAACAUCACAUUUUGUAUAGAAUUGAUAAUGGAAGAUUAGAUUUUGAAUCUCGUUUUGAUAUCGUGAAAACAUUAAUAUUCGGACAAUCAUGACAAUCAUUUAUUAGCACAGACUAAUUUUUAGAUAACGUACGGUUUUUUUUAUUUUCAUUAAAUGUACCUAUAUUAUGUUGAUAUUAUCUGAACGCUUCAUGGAAUUUAAUUGUUAACAAAUGACUAGACUAUUUUUUUUUCUGUUUCUCUACAAAUCAUUCAGCGUAUCUAUUUCAGUUGUUAUUUAUUUGUAUUAUGUAUUCCAAACUUUCGAAUUAAGUAUCGCGAUAAAAAUGUUUAAUGUAUCGGUUUGCGUGUUUUUUUCUCAUCAUAACUAGAUCACCGUUAUUGCUCUCCGACAUUUCGUCGGUCAGUUUCCCUCGAGGGGACCAGCUGCGCCCCACCGUCCGAUCGCGUUAUUCACGUUUGUACGUGUAAUUCACACUUUUCGGAUUGGGUGACGGACGACGUCGCCGUGCUGAAUAUGUAGUAAUAAUAAUGGCACUCUGAUUGCAAAACGUAUUUUUCGCAGUCGUUUUUAAACAGACCGAUGGAGAGAGAAGGGAAUAUUGUAUUAUUAUUGUAGAAGGAGUAGAGAAAAAAAAAAAAAACCUAUUGACAAAAAUUACGCAGUUAACGUCGGCGUCCAGGCCAGGCCCUGAGAACGUUGGCGGCGGCGGUGGUGGCGGUGGUUUUAGUAACCUUGGUCGGCCCCGAAGCGUAUUUGUCGUUUUGUGUCCGCCGCUGCAGUGUGCGGCUGGUUGGUCGGAUGCUGCGGCACCCGCGUCGUAUUUUACAAGAUACGUUUUCGCCGUACAGUGUGACCAAUUGUCGGCAUACCACACGGCGGCGGCGCACACAACAGCGUUUAUAAUGUAUUUUUUUUAUUUUUCACGAUCCAUUGGCCGGGCUCGAAAACAUCGCUCCCCUCCUAUCGUGACCCCUUCGGCCGAACAGCAGACUUCUAGCGGUAGCAGCACCAGCUGCCGUUCGCCGCUCGCUGCUGGCCCGUCUUGCGUGCGUUUAUUUUUAUAUUAUUAUAAAUGUAUGUACACUACACCGGCUGCUGCCGCCACCACCGCCGCCGCCGCCGCCGCUCACACUAGUUUAGAUUUUGAAAUCGAUAAUGUUUCGAUACCUAUUUUAUUACGCCGUACGUACACAAUGAUAUCCCCUAAAUAAAAACGGCUCGUCGAGAAAAGGUCACAACGCGCGGCCCCGUUGCUUGCAGAUUAUCGGCCCUAAAAAUGUAGCGAUUCCCGACGACGACUUUCACGCGUCGUUCGCAGCGGUCAAAUGUCAACGACCCCGUGUCGACGCCGCGAACGAUUUUCUGUAUUACUUUUUUUUUUUUUCGUCCGUUUCGGAUUGUUAUUUUCUGCCUCUCCUUACAGCAACGAAACUAUUAUAACAAUAUAUUAUACUAAACUUACCUAUAUAUAUAAUACGGUAUGAUCGAAUCGCGCGGGUAUCGCACGAGUGGGGCCUACACUUCUACUACUACUACUACUACUACUACUACUACUACUACUACUACUACAACUACUACUAUUACUAUUACUAUUACUACGAGACCAUUAUAAUAAUAUUGUUACGCUUCCCGGGGGGUAGGGGAAGCGCAUUGACUGACGGCGCGACGAUUUCUAUCGGUCAUUAUCUUUUAAGAUGUCCCGAGAGCGGCGUGAAAAAAAUAAACAUGAACCGUGUAUAGGUAUCUUAACUGUAACGGCCGUAGCGGCGGUGGCGUUUUUUUUGUUGGAGGGGAAAGUCCCGUUGUUCGCGCAAACCAACAGCGGCGGUGCUUUGUGUGUGUCGGUUGAAUGUAUAAUAUUGUUGUUGAAGAACUAAAAAAGCAUAGCGAAACUCCUGGGGGGGAAGAAAAAUUACACGUAUAAUAAUGUCCGAUAAAUAUGGUGCGUUCGAAUCGCGCGCCAUAAUUAUUGUAUUCGUUGGCAACAGUGUGACCGUAUUCGGCGGUGGCGUAGAUUUUUUUUUUUUUUUGUUUUUUACAUUCCGCCAUCGACCAUCGUGCGUAUAAUGUGCGACUACUACGACGUGCGCGUAGGUACUUUCUAAUAUUCCGCGCGGUACUUCUUUCGAUAAGGGGGCCACGACGGACUAAACAAUAAUACUAAUAAUUUAGGUACGAAAUAAUGCUACGCCAACCCCACUCCCUUUUCGUAUUAUUAUGAAUUUUUCGUCGUACGAUUUUCUUUUCGUAAACGGCACGUAAAUAAUAAUAAUAACCAUAAUAAUUAUUGUUAAAAUUAUAGUACGGCGAAUGGCGAAAAUAUAAUAACACCUUGGUGUGAGGGGGGGAGGAGUACGUUAUCGAGCUAUACUGACGCCUCCGCCGCCCGUUGUGUUUACUAUAACAUUGGUAUUACUACUACUGUCUACUACUAUUACUAUUAUUUUUAUUACAACUACUACUACUACUACUACUACUACUACUAUUAUUAUUAUUAUUAUUCAUAAUAAUAUUAAACACGGCAUUUAUACCGGGUGUGUGUGUGUGUGUGUGUGUUUUCUCGCGCGCGUUGUGUGUCUCGGAUCAAUUUUUAUUGUCGCGCGGCGGCGGUGAGACGGCGGCGGCGGUGAGACGGCGGCGGCGGCCGAGGGAGAGAAGAUUGGCCGAACGGAAUAGGUGAACCGGAUCGGCGGCGAUUGGCCGACACUAGAACGAUGCCCUCUCGCGCACCGCACGGUCGUGCCACUGUUUUUAUUUCGGCGUCGUCGUUCGCGUUUUCCUUCGCCCGUCGUUGCGUUCUCGUUAUUCGUCGUCCCGUACCAAAACACGAACGCUGUUGUUUUCUUCACCACCCCACGACGACCAACGAUAAUUUAAUAACACCUAUAACAUUAGGUGUAUAGUCAAUAUUUUAUGUUACUAUAAUAUAAUAACAAAUAUAACUUACCUAAAUUUUUAGAAAUUUGUUUUGUUGUUGUUGUUGUUUUAAUUGUACACAAUUUAUUAAAUUAUAUAUAUAUACACACACACACACAUAUAUAUAUUUAUAUAUUAUACGCGUAUAAUUCUAAGUAAUAAUAAUAGUGAUACACACAUCAUUGUGUUAAAAAAUUGUUUAGUGUUUUAAGUGAAAUAGCUAAAAUAUCGGUCUGUGUUACUAGUGUGUAAGAGUCGAUUUUAUUGUUUUACAAUUAUGUGGAAUGUACUCGGAUAAUCUUAUAAUCAUUAUAAGGUAAAUCAAUUUUUAUAUUACUUUUACUUAUUUUUGAGACAAGUUUUUUUUUUCACCUUUUUACAACUGCCAAUAAUAAUUUUUUCACCGCGGCCGAAUAAGUAUCUACUUUAUUUUCGAAACAAAUUUGAAAUUGUUAUGUAUUACUAACGUUUCAAUUUGUGUAUUAUUAGGUUAGGUAUUUAGAAUUGUUUCCUGAUUAAAUCAGAUUUGAUCAUUGGUUCAACAUAAUCUAACCCUCUGUGUUUUAUUGUAUUUGUCCCAUUUAUUAAUGGGCACAUUUUUCUAUGAACUUGGUACUUAGUUUCGCUAUUUUUACUGUCUUUGAGACAUUUUUCAAACCACUAGUGUAUACAUAUAAACAAUAGUUUGUCUUUAUAUUAAUAAAACGUUUCAUUGAAAAUAAAUAAUUUGAAUAAUUAUGUAAAAAAAAUAUUAAAAAUGUUAUUGAAAGACCCCCAUGGAUUGAUUUUUGUAAAUGACAUUUCGCAGUGAUGACGUAUUUGCAGUAUUGCACAUUUCCCCCAAAAAAAUGCCGUUAAGUUGGUAUCACUGCGCGCAAUUCUGAUAUUUGAUAAUAACAUGCGAUGCAGACAUUGAGAUGUUUGCAUUUUCACAACAAAUGAUCGAAGUAGUAUUUUAUUUCUGUAGUCUUAUAAUAUUACGCUGUUUGCGUUUAGCGUAUUCAAUUGAUCAUAAAUGUAAAUUUAUCGGAUGCUUGCCGAGUUCUCCAAACUAACAGUGGGUAUUGACUAUUGUUUGUAUUUAACAGUGGACCAUGAUGAAAACUAAUUUGAUGAAUUUAAAAAUUGAAUUAUUUUUAACCCACUCAGUGUGAUGUUUGAUUACCAAAUUGAAAUGUGUAUAUACAUAAUAAUUAAUAAUUAAUUCAAUGAUUUGUUAUUUUGAUAGUUAAAUAUUUUACAACUGAAAUGUAUAAAUUUGUUGUUUAUGUGUAAUUUAAUAACACUAUUUUAUUUUGUUAAUCAUAUUAGGAUGUUGGCUUAGUUUAUUUUAUACCUAUUUUGGUCAUAUUUUAGGUGAUCAUUUCAUAAUAAUGAGAGUUUUAAUUAGUUGAUUAAAAAAUAAUCUUAUGAAGUUUAUAUAUUAUGUAUGUUUGUUGAACAUUUUAUUAUUGUGUUGUAGGUUAUCAAUAUUUUGAGUUAUUUUUAAUAUUUUUUUUUUUUACUUUACUGUAUUAAUAUUUUCUUUAAUUCUAGUAGGUUUUUUAUAUUCAAUUUAAAACAAACAUAAAGUGGUUUAUCCAUUUUUGUGGUUUAUACAUUUUCUAUGGUUUUUGAAUUUAUUUGUUAUUCUUAUCAUUAUUAUAGUUUUAUUUAAUGAUAAGACAUUUAUUUUAUGAUGAAAGUUAAUAGGGUUUUGAAUAUUUUACUAUUUUUACUAGAAAAUCUAUAUGCUUAUUUAUGUAGAUAAGUAUUAUUUUCUAAGUUAUUAUUUUAUUUGUCUAUUGUCUUUUAUUUUCCAUCUAAUUAUGCACUCUUUUUACCAUAUUACUUAUGUAAAUUAUAUAUUAAUAUAUAUAAUAGUAUAUAAAUUAUACUAUUAAGUGUCUAUUUUUAGGGGGGCGACUGUCCUAAUACUGCUUUUCUUUCCAAACUUUUAAUUAUCAAAUAUGCUUUUUAUAAUAUUGAAUUACAGAUUGAAAAAUAUAUUUUUGUUAGCAUUUUGAAGUAACUAUAGAUAUUUUAAUAUUAAUGAUGAAAAACGUUACUAAUAAUUUAUUAUGAUCAUGUUUUUAAACUCUCUCACUGAAUGUUUAUUAUUUUUAAUACCUAAUUUAAAAUACAAGAUUUUAUUUUAAAUAUUUGACUAUAUAAUCUUAUACAGUAAGUUGAAAUUUAAUUUUUUUCGACUUAUCAAGGUUUUACGAAAAAAAAAAAUUUGAUUUCAAGUUUUUAAAAUAUAGAUACCUAUUAGAGUUAAAUAAUUAUUAAUAUUAUUUAGUAUCAAAUGAAAAAUAAAAUAAAAAAUACAAUAAACCAAUGAAAAAUAUGAUAAUAAACACAAUAGAUGCAAUUAGGACAAAUUAUAAAAAUUAUCCAUCAUUAUCAAUCUAUAUUUGGAACACAGAAUGUUAAAUAUAGUUUUUCUUUUGAGCAAGGGAUAAAUGCAUUUAUUUUGACUUAUAAGUUUUUCAACUUAUCGAGUUGCCACUGUAUAAAUAUCAGUGUAUUUUACAAAACAUGAUUAAGUUACUGUUUAGAAAAAUGUAUUUUUAUAAUGAUGAGAAAUAUAUUUGUGAUUAAUUAUGAUCAUAUUUUUGAAUUCUCACCGAAUAUUCAAUUAUUUAAAAAUUUUAAAUCAUACAAUUUCAUAUUAAAUAUUUUACUACAAAAUCUGUAAUAUAUCUAUAUUUAUGUCUCUAAUACAAUAUUACCUUAGUGAAUUUAAUCACUAUUAAGUUAUUAUUUAGAAAGAUCAAUAGAUAUGUAAUAAUGAUGAGAAAUAUAUUUAAUGAUUAAUUAUGAUCAUAUUUUUGAACUCUCUCACUGAAUAUUAAAUUAUUUAAAUAGUUUAAAUUGUCUAUACAAUUUUAUGUUAAAUAUUUUACUACAAAAUCUAUGUACCUAUAUUAUAAUUUGUCAUUAAAUUACUUAAAUUGAUUUACACAUGAAUACUGUUGCGUUUGGAAGAAUCCAUACUAUAAUGUAACUAACUCUCUCACUGAAUAUUAAAUUAUUUAAAAAGUUUAAAUUACACAAUUUCAUAUUAAAUAUUUUACUACAAAAUCUGUAAUAUAUCUAUAUUUAUGUUUACAAUACAAUAUUACCUUAAUCAAUUUGAUCACUAUUAAGUUAUUAUUUAGAAAGAUCAAUAGAUAUGUAAUAAUGAUGAGAAAUAUAUUUAAUGAUUAAUUAUGAUCAUAUUUUUGAACUCUCUCACUGAAUAUUAAAUUAUUUAAAUAGUUUAAAUUGUCUAUACAAUUUCAUGUUAAAUAUUUUACUACAAAAUCUGUAUUAUAUCUACAUCAUUUAUGUCUCUAAAAUAAUAUUAUCUUAGUAGAUUUAAACACUAAUAAGUCACUAUUAAUAGUUAUGUAAUAAUGAUGAGAAAUAUAUUUAAUGAUUAAUUAUGAUCAUAUUUUUGAACUCUCUCACUGAAUGUACUUGGUUAAUUUUUAAGAAUCAAUUAUAAAUAUAUUAUUUUUAAAAACAAUAUAUAUAAUGACCAAAAAUAUGGUUUUCAUCAUGAAUUAUGAUAAAUAAUAAUUUUUAUUUAAUAUUGUAGGUAUUAAAAUAAAGUUUAUUAUACUUAUGUUACCUAAUAAAUUAAUAAAGUUUAAAUUUAAGUAUAUAAUUAACAUUAAAAAAAAAAAAAACAAUCUUAUUUAUAUCCCAAAUUACAUUUGUUUCUUUUUUAUUGUGUUCAUAAAUAAUUCACCAAUAACAAUUCAAUUAUCAACUAUGAUUUGUCAGGCUAUAAUAUCGUAAAAAUAAAAUUAACAAUUUGCUCUUGUCUGUAACAUUUUAGUGUGUUGUUAACCAAUGUGUUUGAACAGAUGUAUUUUUUCAAAUAUAUUAAAUCGUUCUCUAGUAUGAUAUAGUAAACACCUGUGGUAGUUGUGAACUGAAAUACUAUACUUAUCCAAUAGCCUAUUUGUUAUUAUUAUUAUUUUUUUAUAUUCCAGACUUGGUAUAUGCAUCAAUUUGCCAAAGAAUAAACGGUCAUAAGCCUAAUGGUCAUAAUAUGUGUAUCUAAUACAAAUGGUUCAAACGCUGUACAAAAAGAGGUUUGUUAAUAUUUAAAUUAUAUUUAUCUACUUGUUUAUUAGUUAUAUUAUAUUUUAUAAUACUGUAGAAAAAAAUUAUUUCUAUAAUUUUAUAAAUAUUUUACACUUGUUUGUAGGAUCUAACCCUAACCUAACUUUUGGUAUACUUAAGUGGGUUACCAUUUAUCUAGCUUAAUAUUUCAGCUUAAUUAUUACUAUCAGAAAAAACUUAGACCUAUCAUGUACUUAUAAUACAUUUUCAUAAUUGAAAAUAAUAUCAUUAAAAAUGUCUUAGUAGGAUAUAGGAUACUACUAUUUAGUUGAUUAGUUUGAUUAUAUUUUAUUAACUUGUUUCACAGUUUUUUUGUAAACCACGCUUAGGUAAACUUCGAUCAGUUAUUGAAUAAUUAACAAUUAUUAUAACUAUAGUAGAAUAAUUUCUAUUUAAACUUUUUUCAUAACAUUAAUAAUAAUUAAAUAUAUUUAUUUAUUUAUAAAUAAUGCAAAUGUCAAUUUUAUUAACAUAAAAGUUAUGAAAUGAUUUUUGGUUUUAGGAGGAAAUAAAGAUAAACAAAAACAAGAACUUGAUGGUAAGUUGAUGUAGUAUUUAUAAUAAAAUAUUUGUUCAUCAAUGUAUAUUAGGUAUCUAAUAUUAUUCCUAUAUUUAUAUGUAAUAUACAGGAUUUUAAGAAUUUCACGUAACAGUCAAAUUUUCCCGAAAUAAUAUUUUUUUUUAAAAAAUGACAUGUAAAACUGUUUUAGAAUCUUAUAUUUUUGAGUAUUCAUUGUAGUGUUUACACAUCGGUGGUCAUAUUAUGGAAAAUUUGAACACAAAAAGUGACGAAGCUCGUUUAUUUUGAUGCGCGAGUUGUAUUCUUUCAGUGAAUAUCGUACCUAAUUUUGAUUUUCAAAUAGUAACAUGUUGACGUUAAUUAAAAAUUUCAAAACUAACAUUUAUUUAAACUAAAACUUCAUCUAUUUAUGGAAUUUGUAAUAUAGGUUUCUAUUUGAAAAUCAAACGUGGCUAGUCGGUUUUCAACUGAAAAACUAGGGUAAACAUAAUAAGAAGAAUAUAAAAUUUUAUAUAUGAAUCUAAAAAGUUUUUGUUUACAUAAUUUUUUGAUAAAAAGGUAUUUCAUUGAAAAUUUAUUGUAUCAUGACAUUCUGAAAAUCCUUAAUACCAAAGCAAGAUAUGUGUGUUUUGCUCAAAAUUCCACGAAGUACAUCAAUUGGCAGUGAACAUAUUGAUAUGGCUGAUGUAUAGUUGUAUAAGUUUUUUUUAUACAAAUAUGGAUAUUGAUAUUAAUAUAUAUUGUAUUAUGAUAUAUAGUUAUAUUUAUUUUUAGGAUGAUAUUGUGUGUGCCACAAAAGUUACCUUUCCACCCAAUUCAAAUUGUGGUGAAGCUUUGUCUUUAAGUACAGGUAAUAAAUUAAUAAUUUAACCAAACAUACAAAUACAGGUACGAAAAGUUUUUUCUUUUUUUUUUUCUUAGAAUGUUAUAAUGUCAAUGAUAAGGCUGAACACUCUGCUAUAACAGCGAGAAAUAAGAUUACCGGGGUGGUAGUUGGAGGAGGAGCUGGCUCCCUCUGCCAUACCCGACAAUCACCAUUGUUUGUAUUGCAUUUGCCCACCACCCCCCUAAAUUGGUCUGUGAUAUCCAGCUCAACAUUUAGAUUUACUAGAGAUCCUCCGUCCCAUCAACAAACACAGGUAAAUCAUUUUUAUUUGAAUACUUUUACCUAAAUGUAAGAUUAAUUUAUUUAUUUACUUUUUUUUAAAUAUUUUUGUCUUAGCUUUAUAUAACAUCGUUUUUUAUUGCAUUAUGUUAAAAAUACUAUUAAUAAUAUUUUUAUACUCGUUUUAAUUUCUUUUAGGAUUUGUAUGGUACGAUGGUAACUGCCAGUGACGUUGAUAGUUCUUCAAGGGGGGGAACUGGAAGACGAAACUUACUGGCUUGCUACUCUGGUGCUCACAUAAAAGAUGUUACUACUACUAUUAGUUUUAGGGUUAAGUCUAAUUGUUCAACAAGUGAUAAUGACAGUGAUGAUCAAAGCGCAAUGUACAAAACCAUUCCAUUUAACAAACUUUAUGUUGAUCCAAUCGCACAGUACAAACGAAAUUGGGGUAUUUCCACUUUGUGUCGUUUGUUAGGAGGUGGUGAAACAACUUUGGCUUCUGGUAACGGUACAGCUACAGCCGGUUGGGGAAAUCCCGGCACUACACCAGUACCCGCAUCUGUCACUGGUACUUCAAACUGGAAUACUAAUCAACUUGUUGAUGGCCAAUCUCCACCAAAUACUGUCUCUAAUGGCCCUUGGCAACAAAGUCCACAGUCCUCAAGUACCAGCUCAAAUAAUACUAGUCAAACAUCUAAUAUAGGUAUGUAUUGAUAUAUUUUUUUUUUUAAGAUAAUUAUUUAAUAUUUAGUAUAUUAAUAUAUUUAUUAUUUAUUAGGUAAUAAAGGACAAAAUUCAAAUUCAGGAUCAUCAAGCGGCAAUAAUACUAUAUCUACAUCACAAACAACUAACAAUCAACAAAACACUACUUCGUGGGCUCAAGCAGCCGGAAAAAAUCUACCAGCCUCUUCGGGACCUCAAGUUUCUGGUAACUCAUCAUUAACAACUACAACAGCUAGCACUACUUCGGGUACAAUUUCAAAUCCUCAAUCGAGUAAUUCACCUCCAACAAAUGGUGGGAAUGGAGUUGUUAACUCAUCAACUAAACAACAAUUGGAACAAAUUAAUACAAUGCGAGAAGCUUUAUAUUCUCAAGAUGGAUGGGGUGGCCAGCAUGUUAAUCAAGACAGUCAGUGGGAGGUUCCACAUAGUCCAGAACCUAAUACCAAGGAUGGGCCUUUAACUGGAUUAACCGGCGGUCCUGGAUGGAGUAAGGUUAAUAAUGGUACAGAUUUGUGGGAAGCUACUUUACGAAAUGGUGGUCAACCUCCAUUACAAGUAAUUUCUUUUUUAUAAUUUUUGUUCCAAAGAUAAAUUAAAUAAAUUGUGUUUAAUUUUCUAUAGAUACCAGUACCAAAUACUUCAAAAACUCCUUGGGGGCAUACUCCAGCUUCCAAUAUUGGUGGUACAUGGGGUGAAGACGAUGAUGUUGGUAGUGUACCUAGAGUGGAAGAAAAUAAUAGUAACUGGGGUAUAAAUCCAACUAAUACUAUGAGCAAUCAGUGGGGUCAGGGACAGCCUCCUCCACCAGGGCCUGGUGGCCCAAUGUGGGGUGGACCACCCAAGAAAGAUAUUGGACCUGACAAUCAAUCCUGGAAUUCUGGCAACACUGCAUGGAAUGAUCUCAAUCGCCCACCAGGGUCAAUUGACCAGGGUCCCCAUCGUCGGGAUAUUUUGCCAAAUGGAAUUGACCAUAGGUAUUUUUUUUAUACAAAUAUUGUUGUACACUUAAUUUUAUAAUUUUGUUUGAUGUUUAAUGAAGUAGAGGAAUUGGUAGUGAUGCGAUUGGUCGUGGUGGUAUAAGUGGUCGCUUGAAUGGAACUUUAACUGGUGGAGGUGCUGGUAUGGAACCUAUGUGGGGUGGACCACCACCACAUCACAUGCAACAUCAUGUACAACCACCUUCAGUUGGACCUCCACCUUCAGUCAUAGCUACACCGGGGUCAAAACUUGGACAAGGGCCUGUACCAGGUAAUUAUAUUAUUUUUAAAAGAUCCUUGGGAUCUAAAUGGUUAAAGAAUUAAGUUUUAAAUUUUAAAUAUAUAAUGAAAUCAAAUUUUUAAAUAGUUAAAACAUAAAAAAAUAUGUUUUGGUUUUUAUUAGUAUUUAUUUUUAAUUCUGGUUUCUUAUCAAUAGAUUUAUUGUGUUGCUCAUUGCAAAACUCAUAUCGUCAUUCAAACAAUUUUUUUAGUCUAUAUUGUUAAUAGUAAAAGAAAUUGAAAGCUUUGCUCACAUAAUAUGUAGUUGAAAAAAUUUGAUUACAAAUAAUUUCUUAGAAUUGAAAAUUGGUUAAAAUAUUUUUUUAAUGAGACUUCAGAUACCUUAAAAAUGGUUUAUAAAAUACUAGUUGGCAACAACUGCAUUAGAGGAUAUCUAAAACUCACAAUAUUUAAAAAAAAACUACCUUAUUGUAACUUUUUUAUACCUGCCAAUAUUCAGAAAAAAAAAAGCCAUUAGAUGCACCCAAAAAUAUUCUUUUUAAAUAUUGUCAUCUGUGUUAAAUUCUAUAAUUUCAAUCGAAACUCUAUAUUUUAAAUUCUAAGUAGUGUAUUUUCACGUGUUAGUUAGACUGGCACAGUAAGUGCGAGUAUGAUAAGGUUAGGUUAGUUUUUGUCUUUAAUCUAAAAAUGGUGGUGAGAGUUCAUUGUUAAAGAAAUUAUACUAUUUCAUAAAGUUUGUUGAAUAAAGAUAACAUAAAACUAUAGAUUUAUUGUUUAAUUUAUUUGACUUCACUUUGAUUAAAAAUUAGUAUUUAUUUUACAUUUUUUUGUGCUGUGUUAUAAUACUUGUUAAACUAAAUGAAAUUGAUUUAAUGUUGCCAAUAUUCGGUUUAAAGUUUUUGGCAAUUUAGGUAUCUCCAAAUAAUAAUAAUAAAUCUUCAAGCCUUAUUUAUUUUAGAUUUUAUGAUGUAAUUAGAUAAAACGGUUAUACCAUUAAUGAUUAUAUAAGUAAAACUUCGACUCUGAGCCAAAAUUUGGUCCUGAAACAUUCUUAUAUAAUUUAUUGAAUUAUAUUUUGUUUUAAAGUACUGAAGUAUAUUUAUAGUUAUUUGGCAGUGGUGUGAAAAUUAAAAAUUUUAGUGUGAAAUUUAGUAUUAAUUUAUUUUUACUUUAUAUAUAUGUAUAAAAUAUAAUAUACCAUAGUAUUUUUAUUUUUUUUAUCAUACUGAUUUCAUUAACCAAAAACAAUAGUUUUUUUUUUUUUUUUUUUUCUAUAGUAUCAUAAUUUUUAAUUUUAAAACCUGUAAUAUAAAUAUUUAAAGAAUAUGUUUAUUGUUUGUGUUUUAAAUAAUGUAUGUAGUAGAAUACUAUUAACUUCAUGAUUUUAUUUUUAUUUGUAUAAGUUAAUAAAUUUUAAAAAUAUGUACCGAAAGAAAAUCAAACCACAAAGAAAGAAUAUAGUUUAUAUUUAUUAUUUCUAAAAGCUUAAUUAUCUACUUUAAACUCAAUUCUUAUGAUAUUUUAUUAAAAUAUUUCUUUAAAGUGGUUUUAAAUUUAUCAUUUAUAAAUUAAAGCAUAAAGUUCUUUCUGCUGUUUUCAGUAAUUAAUCAGUGGUCGGGUCCACCACCACCCAAAGAUAUAAAUGCUAUGAAUAACAACAACAAAGGCAAUGGAUGGGAAGAACCAUCACCCACCGAUCACAGACGCAAUUUAUUAAAUUAUGAUGAUGGUACAUCUUUAUGGGGAAAUACUCAAACUAGGCCAAAUGUGCCUGGCGGUAAGACAAUUAAACCUAUUAAGUUUUUAGUUUAAUCUGUCUAUAGAAUUUCUAAGUUAAAAAUUUGUAGUAUAGUAAAUAGUUUUAUAUAUAUGUUAGAAGUGUAAAAAAAAAAGGUUUGAAGAUUUAUUUGUAUAACAUAUUGAUAACUAUUCAGAUAAAAAAAAAAAACUUAUACAUUUGUUAAGCAAGACUUCAAACAUAUUUUUCUACAAAUAAAGAAAAUAUUGUAUUAGUUGAAAUAAUAAUAAUAAUAUUUAUUUAUUUUAAACAUAUAUACUUGAUUGUAUUGAAUGUUUAAGAGUAAAAAAUAAAUAGAAAAUAUUCUUUGCUGUAAUGUAAAUAGGCACAAGGUGAAGAAGUAGUUUUAUGGAGUACUUAUCUAAAUGUAUUGUUAAAAUAUAUAAUUGUAAUAUUUUUUUCCUAAUUUAUUGUUUUUUUUUUGUUAAUGAUAGUAUAUUAAAAUGACCUCAAAGUAAUGAUUUAUUUAUUUUUAGGUGGUUUAUUGGGCACUCAACACAAUAUGAAUAAGCAUUGGGGUAAAGCAGAUAUGGCUGCUGCAGUUGCAGCAGCAGCAGCUGGUAGAAAUAAUAGUGGUUCUAGUAACAUGGGUAAUCAAUGUCCCCCAGGUGUUCCGCCUAAUAGGGCAGGUAUGCCACCUACUAAUAAAAUGGCUGAUCAACAAUUAUGGCCUGGAAAUCCAAGGUAAUUUUUUAAAAAUCAUUAUUUUAGCAUAUUUGUUCUUGGAAUUUAUAAAAUGUCACUUUCUAGAAAUGGAACAUGGGGUGAUGUCGGUGGAGGAAGCCAGCAUGAUUUGAAUAUUGCUGGUCCAUGGGGUGAUGAUAAAAUGGGAUUGAGUGGCAAUGCAGGAGGUCCUUGGCCGAAUUCUGAAUGGGGACCGGGUCCCAAGUCUAAGAAUUCUUGGGGCGACUGUAGUAACAAUGAGAUGGAUCCAAGUUCUUGGGGACAGAAAAAUAUUGUAUGUUAAUCAAUUCUUGAUAUAUGUAAAUUUCAGUUUAUAAUCAAUUCUUUAUUUCAUAUAGGGACAAAAGAAUCAAAAUAAAGAGUAUAUUUGGCAAAGUAAAUCUUACCGAAUUCUUGCUGAAAUGGGAGUCAAGGUAUAUUUGAUAUUUUUAUCUAAUGCAUGAUAUUGUUAAUAAAUAAAUUAAAAUAUUACAGAAAGAAGAUGUAGAAGCAGUUACACGUUCUUAUAAUAUUAGUAUGGAAGAAGCAUUAGAGUAUUUAAUGUCUACUAGAGGUCCUAGUGGAGGUGGUUUAGAUUCAUGGAAUUCUCACGGAGGCCGUGGUCAGCAUCCUGAGGAUCAAAAUCCAUUUGAUCGAUCUAACAUCAAUCAACAACGAUUUAAUUCACAACAAUUACCCUUUGCUGUGCCAUCUGUAAGUGUUUAAAUCAUUCAUAAAUACUUUUUGAUAAUAUUUAUUCAAUGUGUUAUGUGUUUGAUAAUUAAAGAUUGGAAACAAUUCUAACCAACAACAAGUUAUGCUACAGAAAUUAUUAGCUCAACAGCCACCCACCCAACAAAAUUCAAUGCAACAACAAUAUUCUCAAGUAUACAAUUUUUAUAUAUCACAAAGAAAAUUAUAUAAACACUAUUCAUUUUAUUAUUAUUAUAGGGCGGUGGUUCUAGACAAAUACAAAAUCAACCAACUGCACAACAAUUGCGAAUGCUAGUGCAACAAAUUCAAAUGGCUGUACAAGCUGGAUAUCUAAAUCAUCAAAUAUUAAAUCAGCCAUUAGCACCUCAAACAUUAAUAAUGCUUAAUCAGUUAUUGCAGCAGAUCAAAAUUUUACAACAAAAUGUUCAAAUACAAGCAGCCGUUGCUAACAAUCCCAAAUCUGGUCCUGCCAUGGUAACAGCUGCAAUAGCUAUUAAUAAAGCCCGACAACAAAUUGCAUCACUUCAAGUAAAAUAUACUUGUUACAAUUACUUAUUAUUGUAUAACUAACAUUUAUUAAAAAUUAUCUAUUUUAUAGAAUCAAAUUGCUAACAAUCAAGCCAUGCAUAUGAAAGCACAAGCACAUCAGAAUCAAUCCAAUUUUUCUGGAUUAUCAGGCCUAAUGGGUGGGCAAGUGGGUGAUUUUUUUAAAAAUGAUCCAUUAACACUUUUACAGUCAGGUUUUUCUGAUUUGGCAAUGAAUAAAGAUCCUCAAAUAGUAAGAUUAUAUAUACCUAUUAUAAUGUUAUAAAUUCAUAAUUUCUGUUUUUAAUCUUAAAUCGUUUGACUAUUAAAACAUUUAAUUUAAAAAUACUAUCUUUGUAUUUCUAGAGUGGGCAAGCAUUUCAAACAAGUCAACAAUCACGUUUAAAUCAGUGGAAAUUACCUAAUAAAGAUGAUUUAGGAAUAGGUAAUAAUGAAUUUAGCCGAGCACCAGGAGCAAAUUCAAAAUCAACUGGCAAUACGUCUCCUUCAUUUAACUCAUUACUCAGUCAAGGAGAUGGGUAAAUUUUAUGAUUUUAUAUCUUUGAAAGUUAAUAUGUAUUAAUGCCCAUGUAUUUUUGUCAUAUAGUUAAAUUAAUAAUCAUUUUUAAUUUUAUUUAAUCAAUUCAUUUUAAUUUGAUGUGUAAUAAUAAUUACAUAUUCUUUAUUUUUUUUUCGUAACUUACAAAAUUAAUUUUAGUACUUGGACUAAUGUUGGUGCUCAUUCUGAUAGUGGAUGGCCAGACAAUGAAGACAAUAAAGAAGGUUGGCCUAAUGGAUCAAAUUCGCAAUCCAAUUCUGCAUCAUCUGCAUUUGCUACUGAUCUUGUGCCAGAAUUUGAACCGGGAAAACCAUGGAAGGUAAAUAUUAUAUUUUCAGUUUUCCUGAAUUAUGAUUUUAACUAUAAUUUAAUAUUUUAUGAAUAAUAUCUUAAGAAAAUUAUAAUUCUAUAAUAUUUAUUGGUAAUAGAUACUGUGGUGAACUGUGAAAUUUGCAAUAUGAAAACACUAUUUACUCUAACUAAUGAAUCGUAAUAUAUUUAAUAAUCUUUUAAAUUUAAAAUGUGGGUUAAUUUUAAUUUGUGUUUAAAUUGUGUUUAAUUGGUAAGAAAUCAAGUUCUUAUGUUUUAAAUCAAAUAUCAAUUGUUUUUUACAAAUAUUUUAUAGGGUAAUCAAAUUAAGAAUAUUGAAGAUGAUCCUACUAUUACACCAGGGUCAGUAGUUCGCAGUCCUCUAUCAUUAGCUGCUACUAUAAAAGACUCAAAUAAUUCAGACUUGUUUAAUAGUGGUGGGAAGACAUCUCCAACCAAUUCUCAAUCAGCUGAUAUGCCACUAACACCCUUAUCGCUGUCAUCUUCAACAUGGAGUUUCAAUCCACCCCCGUCAUCAACCCAAUCGUCUUUUUCUAGGUUAGUAAACAUUAAUCUUGUUAUUUAUUCAAUUACUUGUACAUUUGUGCUAAUAAAUUGUGUUUUUACAGUCCUUUGGGUAAAGUGAGUGGACCAAAACAUAAUUGGGCAGAGAGUAACCCUGGAAAUGAUCUUUGGGGAGGAGUAUUAGGAUCUAGUGGUAAGUCCCGUGGACCACCACCAGGUCUGACUGGAGGUUCCAACAAAACUGGAAAUACACCUAAUAAUGGCUGGCCUCGAUGGCCUUCCAAUAAUACAUCGUCAUGGCAAUCUUCAUCCAACAAUUUAACUAGUACAUGGCUCUUACUAAGGAACUUAACACAACAAGUAAUAAUUUAGAUCACAAUAAAUAAUUAUUAAAUUUUCAGAACAUAAAUUUUAAUAAUUUCACUUAUUGUACUAUAAUAUACAUGAUGAUCAGUCUUUCGCAAGACACUUAUUAUCUAUCCCUGAAAGUAUUGAAUUUUUUUUUAAAUUUACUUUAUAGAACCUUUAAGAAAAAACAGCUCCACAAUUUUUUGUCAAUCAAUAUUACAAUUUUCACAAAUAGAUAGAAUAUUAGUUUAAAUAAAUUUUGGUGUUGACAUUUUUGUUUUUUUGUCAAUCUAUUGAUGAGAUUUCCACUUUUUAAGUUUAGGUUGAGGAAAUACAGUGGUGGAAUAUCAUCUGUUUUGGUGCUGUGGUGUUUUAAUAAUUCACUUUUGCUCUCGCCCGAUCCAAACUUUAAAGUGGGAUAUCUUGUCAACUAAUUGACCGAAAUUAAAAAUUUUAUUUUAACUAAUAUUCUAUCUAAUUAUGCAAAUUUUAAUAUAAUUAACAAGAAAUAACAUUAAUUUAAAAUUGUUUUACUGUUUGUUUCUAAAAUGUGUUAUAUAAAACAAAUAUCGAAAAAAAAAUUAAUUUUCUCAAGAUAAUGAGUGUUGCGAAAGUUUGAUCAUUCUGUAUUGUCAUAUGAUAUGUACUUAGACAAGGUUUUAUCUUAUAAUAUUUAAUUAUAUUUUAAACUGAAGUAAUUCAGAUUAUUGUGAUAUGAUAAUGUAUACAUUUUGUGUAAUAAUAAAUACAUGCGCAUAUUAAAUUUAUAAUUGUAUGUUACAAUGUAAUUUUUUUAAUAAAAUGGUUAAACAAAUAUUAAUAUUUCGAUAUCUUCAUUCUUGUUAUUAAUUUUGAUAUCUAUUUAACAGAUUGAUGGAUCAACAUUAAAAACUCUUUGCAUUCAACAUGGACCAUUAUUGAAUUUUCAUAUGUACCUAAAUCAUGGAAUAGCGUUGGCGAAAUAUUCAACUAGGGAAGAAGCUAGCAAGGUAAGUGAUUUUUACCUGUUUCUUUCUCUAUAGUAAAUAUUUUAAGUGAUAAUUUACUCAAGCGCGCCCGCAGGAUAAAAUCCUACUUGGGACAAGAUCAAAAUUAAAAGGUUACAUCAGAAUAUUUGGUAGUUAUUUUAAUACACCUCUACAUCACAAAAAAAAAUUAUUUUUGUAGGUUUAUUAUACAAAUUAAUGCUUUUGAAAUGCAUGUUUAUUUAAAUUGCUUUAUGCAUAUUAAUUAUUAAAUACAAAUUGUAUGCUAGUAUUCUUUUUGGGGGAGAUUUAAACAUACAAUUUAUCUCCAACUACCAAAAAUUGUCAUGGGGAAAAAAACCAUUGAACCGUAGUAAUGGGCAGAAAAUCAAAGUACCAUCUGAUGUUUUGGUGAGAAGCUUAAAUUUUUGGAACGGCUUUUUGACAAUGUCUUUAUACAUACAUAAUAGAGCUAAGUCAUUUAAUAUUUAUUAAAAGAUUGAAUUACAAAACCAUUUAUAACCUUUUUAAGGAAGUAAAAAAAAAAAAAAUAAUUACAUUGUAAAAAUGUAUGACUGGUUUUUAAACUAGAUAGUAGAAACUAUUUUUUAAAUUUAAAUCCAAAUUUUAAUUUAAUUAGUUAUUGAAGUUUUAAGACAAUGAAAUUAUAUUUUUUGUUAGAGUUUCUGUUGAAUAAAAUUAAAAUUACCUGAAUGACCUUUCAAGUUUUUGAUAUAUUUGUGUAGAAGGUAGUAAUUUGGUUGCUCUUUAUAAUAUCAAUUAAAUCCAUUAUAUCUGGCACCUCUUUUGGACCCCACAAAUUAAAGGUUAUUAAAGCUUCCUAUACAACAUUAUCCACAAAUUAUCUAUAAAAAGUCUUAAUCUGAAAAAAUGUAAAAUAAUUUUAUCUUUUGAAAACGUUAAAAAAAUGUUUGGAUGCAGAGAAAAUAUAGACAAUAAAGCAUUUUCAUUCUUAAAAUCAUUAUUUUAAAGAUAAUAUAUUAUCUAGUCCAAAAUUGAAAGAAAAUUUGAAAGUCCAAUUGAUUACUACAGAUUAUUUGCAGGUUAAUUUGUUUAAAAAAAACUCUAGGACCAACAAGUUCAAAAACUACAUCAGCAUUAUGUUUUAUGUGUUUCAUUAAAAUAUUAAAAACCUGUUCUCUGUUAAAUCUGUCUGCUGAAAUAAUUUCUGUUAACUUAGUAUAUUUUGUAUUUCAAAUAAAUCAACAUCUACACCUCAAUAUAUAAGUGACUGGUUCCAUAAAUUCUAAAUACUUACCAAUAAUUCUUAAGCAAACUAAAAAUUAUUUAGUAGUUAUCGACUACAAAUAUAUUGUUAUUCAACUGAUGUGUCUUUAUUGCCAUAUAUUUUAAUAUAAUUUAAAAUUUCAAUAAUAUCAAUAUAAUUUUCAUAUAAUCUUGUUAAACUUAAUUUUGUUAAACUUGAAGUAACUGAACUUUUAAGAGAACUUCUUUAAACAAAUUGGUUCUUUGAUAAUUGCAAUUGUGUUCUAAAUUUCUUUAAUAGAAUUUAACUUAUUUAGAAUUUAAUUUAAUUUGUGACUUAAACAUUGUACAUAUAUUGCUCUAAUACAUUUAUCUUGAAUUAGUUUUUGUACCCAAUUUAUAUUGGCACUAUCAUAACCUUGAUUAAUUAAUUAAAAUUUAAUCUCUAAUUGAGUAAGGAAUUGAUAAUUACAUUUGAUAUACUUUCUGCAUCUAAUUUAUUAAGUGCUUAUUAAUCUCAUUUUCAAUAAAAAUAUAUUGAUAUUUGUUCUAUUUGACAUAUAUUCAUUGUUUCAUCGGCAAGAAUAGAAUCACGUACAAUUUUUUAAAUUUUUUCCUAAAUUUGAAAUAACAAUCUAAACAAUAUUAAUAAAAUCAUUUUGAAUACCAUGUCAUAAGUAUGUCAUAAGUUGCAUUCUUUUUGGCAAUUUUAAAAUGAUCCUUUAAAAUAUCAUCACACACUGUAAACUUCAACAAAUCACUAAACAAUGCAGAAUUAUUGGAAUUACCAUAUGUCCUAAGAAAAAAUAUUGAUCAAACCAUUGACUUCAGUUUUAGCUUAUUAGUCUGUCAUUAAUUUAACAAUUUAAUUAAGUUUCUAGGUUUUUUUUUUUUAUGCAGCAUGCAGUAAUAUUAACUAAUAAAUAAGUUGAUAACAUAAUUCAGUAUUAUUUUAACACUGAACAACAACUUCACAAGUAAUUUGUUCUUACGCCUCUUCAGAACUCUUAUAUUGUUAAAUUUGUCAUCAUUUGAAAUUCCGGUUAUUUUUACAUUUAUACUUUGAACUUUUUGGGCCAAAACAAAUUCCGCAGAGGGGAGGGGGAUCCCUCAAUGCAACCCAUGCCACAGUUAACGUGUUAAAUAGUGGUGGAUAAAUUACAAUCAUUGUUAUUUUUGUUAUUGCGUAACUGUUAAUAAUUGUUUAACAUAAUGGAUAAAUUUAAAAAAAAUUCUGUAUGAGAAAUAUUUUUGAACAAUAUAGUAUGUCAUACAUUUAAUAUUAAAUUAGAUACAAUAAUACAAAUUUUAAUGGAGGUCAAUGCCUAUUUGGACCGCCCUAAGGGCGCGCUUGUUGAAUUUACUGAUAGCUUAUAGAAUAUUUUGACUAUGUUCUACAUAAUAAUUUGUUUUUCAUAUAGUCCAAGGUAUGUGUAAACAUUUUGAUUUACUUAACUUUAAAUGUUUCGAGUCAUUUGACAUUUUUGGUAUCUUAUCUGGUUCCACACUAUGAUAGUGGUACCCUGCUAGUUAUGAUAAUUAUUACCAUAAACUCGUAAACGGGGCAAUUGUAACUAUUGUUGAACCAACAGUAAACUUGUUUUCACAAUAUUGUACAACAUGUUUUAUUAAAUAAUAUUAAUAAAUUAUAAAUUUUCCGUGUUAUUCUGAAUAUAGAAUUUGGUUAAUAUAUUAUUUAUUACAAAAAUAUUAUAAUUCAAGAUAAAAAUAACACACAAAUAUGUAUAUUUUAGUGAUAACUUACUGGCAAAAUAUGAAUACAAACAUUUUUGGGGGUACCUGCUUUUUUUAAUAGGCUCAAGGAGCAUUGAACAAUUGUGUGCUCAGCAAUACAACAAUAUUUGCUGAAUCACCGACAGAUGCUGAAGUACAAAUGCUACUUACACAUCUAAGUGGUGGUGGUGGAGGCAGUGCAAGUGGCAAUAAUUCUUCACAACAACAAUCCAACUGGAAUAAUGGUCGUAAUGGAAAUGGCAACUCUCAGGGACAACAGGGUUCAGAUACUUGGGCCAACAGUCAAUUAUGGGGUGGCAACAACUCUGGACCUCCUAGUAAUACAUCUUCUCUAUGGGGGGGUGGAGCUGACCAAAUUGAUCCACAUCGCACCACACCAUCAUCUUUAAAUUCUUUUAUGCCUGGCGAUCUUUUAGGUAGUGAAACGAUGUAAAAGAGAAAUAGAUAGAUAGAUAUAUAUACAUAUUAAUAUAUUUAUACACACAAUCCUGACUUAUAACAGAGUCCAAAUAUAAUGACAUUUUUAUUAUAAGGUUUUAGAACACCAUGAACACUUAAUCGACUUAUUUAUUAAGCUUAAAACAAAUCGAGCCAAGUUUAUUUAUUAGAUAUUAUAAUAUUUUAUUCUGCUUGCCAUUCGACUCUGGGUAAUCGUUAUGGCAGCACACCUAUAACUUUUUUUAAGACUUAAAUGUUUUUAUUUUAUUAAUUUAUAACGUGAGUUCUUCUUUUUAUUUUUAAUUGUAUACUACCAAAGUAAAUAAGGAUUAUAAAUUAAUUUUAAUAUUUAGUAGUAUUGUGACUUUAGACAUUAAGACGGUUACGGGGUGUUUUUAAUUUAUGAAUGAGAUUUUUAGUGUGUAAUUUUAUCAUGUUCACCAGCUACAAUAUUAUGUAUGAAUUUCUUCCUAUGUUUUUUUUUUUUUUUUAAAUUAUUUAAAAAGGAAUUAAAAAUUAUUAUUAUAAAUCGUUUUAGGAAUAGUGUUAAACUUAUAGGUCUAAAACUAUUAUAAAUAUAUUUUAUAUAUAUAUAUAUAUAUAUAAUAUAUAUAUAUUUAUAUAUGUAUUUGAAGUAAAAGACAAAAUGAAAAAAAAAGCAAAAAGAUUAUUGUCCAUGUUGUUAUUAUUGUUGUGUUUUAAAUUAGAAGGUUAAGUACAAAAAUAUCUUCCCUAUAAAGAAGAAAAAGACAAAAUAAAAAAAAAAAAAAAAAAAAAAAAAAAAUGAAUGUAUAUGCGCAUGUGUUUGUAUAUGGACCUUCAUGUAUUUGAAUAGAUUGUUACUAGUACAAAAACAGUAUUUUGUGUUAAAGACUUAAGCGAUGACCAACCAUAAAAUUGUUGCCUAAUUUUUUUUAGAUUUUAAUUUCUUAGAUUAUAUAAUGUUAGGAAAUUAUACAAUUUUACCUUUUAGCAUUUAAUCAAUUUUUGGGCAUAUCUAUAAUUAAUUUUACAAAUUUUAAAGUAUAAUAAUGGAGUGAAAGUGAGAAUCAAUAUUUGAUAAACAUUUUAAACAUUAUUCACUUACAAAUCAUUUUAAAUCAAAUUUGGGGGAAAUAGCUUCUUUUUUUUUUUUGACUGCUUAAAUAUAAAUUAAGACUGAUUAUUUUAAAAAAUAUUCAUAUACACAUACACACACACAUACGCAUACAAAAUGUUGAAAUACAUUUUCAGUUAUCAUUUGUAAUUUUUGUUUUUGUUUUAGCAAUGUGUUUAAGUCAGUUUAUUCUAAAUUCAAAUUAUUAAGACUUGAAAUAUAAUUUAUUGGAAGACAAAAAAAAAAUUAUUAAAGUAUAUAUAUAUUUAUGUUAUAAAUAUAAUAUUCCAAUAAUGUUUUUUUCAUGCACAAUAACAUGAUCUCUAAAUACAAUCAAUUUUGUUGCAAUACAAUAUAAAAUUUGUUAAAUUGUUCACUUAGCAAUAUUUUUAAAAAUAAUAAAUGAUUUGAGAUAUUUUAUGUUGCAGAACAAAAAUAAAAAAAAAAAAAAAAAUGUCAAUUAGUUCUUUACAAAAUUUCCUCCUCAUACCUUUUGGAAAAUCACCAUUUAAAUUUAGUUUAGCCGUAGAUCUCAAUAUCUGUUGGUUUAUUAUUAAAUAGUUUUUUUUUUUUUAAGUAUUAUAAAGUAUUGUGGGGUAAACGUCUUUUUGGAGAAGUGACUUCCCAAAAGUACCAUUUUUAAAACAUGUAUGUUGAUAAUUUUAAGACGAUCUAAAACCAAUACGCUUCAUGUGAUAAAUAAAAUUGUUAAAAAAAUGCUUAUCCUUAUACUGUGAUCUAUAAAUAUGAAUUUUUUUUAAUUAUUAUUUUUAUUAUUAUUAUUAUUAUUAUUAUUAUUAUUAUUAUUAUGGUUAUUAUUAUAAUUAUUAUUAUACAAUAUAAAUUAAUUUUCUUUCCGACUGACGAAUUUCAUCACCAGUUAAAAAAUUUUUGUUCUGUACUUCCAUAUUUUUUUUUUUCAAACGUGCCAUUUAACUACAAAUAAAUUAUUUUUACUUAAUUUUAUUGUCUAUAAUGUCUAAUAAGAUAACAUUUCUAAAAAUUGUUACUACAAUUUUUUUGAUCUCCUAUUUAGUGUUCUUUUCUCUUACACCUUUCUGUAAUCUUAUUUUGUGGCACAUCAAUAAUAAUAUAUACAUAUUACAUAUACAUUAUUGGUUCAUUUUCAACAAUAAAACCAAAAAAAAAAAAAAAAAACAAAAUCGGACAGUGAUACUUUCCCAAUUAUUAUUAAAUUUAAGAUUGAUUGUGUUCAGAAGGCAAGUAGAUGUGUCUUCCAUAGGUAUAAAUUUACUUUUAAUUAAAAUUAUAUGAGUACAUUUAAUGUUUUUAUUUUUUGUGGGGGGGAGGGGUGGUGUGAUGCACUCCGCACUAGAAUUAAGUUUUAGAUAAUUUUUAAACACACAAAUAUAUCCGUAGAUAAAUUAUCUUUGCCAAGUAAAACCAAAAAGUAAUAUUAACCUAUUCAUGUUUAUUUUGUUAUUAUUAUUUUUAUUAUUUUUAUUUGAUAUUAUUAUUAUUAUUAUUAUUAUUAUUAUUAUUAUUAUUAUUAUAUUAUAAAUUGAUGAUUAAUUAUAUAUAAGUAUAUACAUAUUAUAUACAUAUAUAUAUUUUUUUUUAAUAAUAAAACUUUAAACUACCUUAAUAACCUAAAUAAAUAAUUAAAAAAAAAAAAAAUGUAAAAAAAUUAAUGUGUGGUUAAUUUUUAGUCAAUAGUUUUUAAGCUAACAAUAUUUUUAAUGUAAUAAUAUUUGUCACAAAUGUUAACUAAAUAUGAAUCGUCCUUCUAUUUUAUAGACUAUUAUAAUUUAUAAUAUAUUCAAAGUUAUUUUACAUAUUGGAAUCUUUUUCUAAGAUUAUAUAAUAUAAGUUAAGGCGUGUAUGAGAUUCGGGAGUUGUGUCAGGGGUAUGUAGUUUAUAUACAAAAAAAAAUAUAUAUAUAUAUAUAUGUGUAUGUAUAUAUUUAUGUGUUUGUUAUUUUGUAUAAUAAUUGUGUGCUUUGCCUCAGACACAUUGUGAUUUUGUAUUACCACAAAAAGUCAUAAUCAAAUAAUUAUUUAUGCAUUAAAUUAAUUUAUAUAUAUAUAUAUGUAUAUUGAUAUUUCACUGCUCACUUAUAUGUGAUACUGAAAAAAAAAUUUUAAAAAUCAUUCACACUUAAAGAAUUACACUCUUGGCAUUUUUUGUCUGAACUAUUAAGCAAUAACCACUUUAUUUAAGUUGUAUGUGUGUACCUAUAUGGCCUUUGUGUAACAAAUAUUAUGAAAUUAGAAGAAUGAAUCGUCAUGACUUAUAUUGUGUCCCCUAUUCAUCCAUAAAUCCAGUCAUUUAAUAAGUUUCCAUAAACAGACAAAACCGUUAAUACUCAUUACUGAACAUUGUACCUAAUGCACACUGAAGUGUCGGUCCCUUGUGUGAUUCUAACUUGGACAUUCGUUUUGGUCAUAUAAUACAUAUAUUUGGGUAAUAUAUUUCCUACUGAAUUAGUCUGAUCCGUAAUCAUUCGCAUACUCUUAGCCAUUCAUGAGUGCAUUCCUAAACAUUAUAGUCCUUUGUAAGCAAUACUCAUUUUGUCCAUUGGUUUUCUUUAGUUAUUAUUAUAUAUAUAUAUAUAUAUAUAUAUAUAUUUUAAAUAAUAUCAUAUGUUUUCGUAUCUGUGUGUAUAUGUAUUCAUAUAUAUUAUGGUGUUAUUGAUUAUUCUUUAGUUUAUUUACAAAGUUCCUCGUGGGUAAUUACCUCAGUAGAAUUUAAAAAUUCUCAUUAAAACAUUUUAACUCGAUUCAACUAACCACGUGUUUGUAUAAUAUGUGCAUAAAGUUGUAUUUUUGAAUACUAUGCACAUUAAAUUUCGAAAAAAUAAGCACGUUUCAUAAUCAAAAAAAAAAAAAUGUAAAAUGUAAAAUUUAAAGAGAAAUAAUAGUAAAAAGGGGGUCAAUUGUAUUUCUUAUUUUAAGUUUUACUCCUAUUGGCGUUAAAUUUUUCUUACCUUAAAUAAUAUUAUAUUCAUCAUUUACCUAUUUGUUAUGUCGAAUUCAUAUCGAAACACAGAUUUGUGAUUAAAAAGUGCCACGAUGUUCAAUUAGUUAAAUAAUAUAAAGAAUAAUACUGAUUAUAAUGAUUUUUAAAAACGAGUGUAAUAUUUAUGAAAGUUAUUUUUAAGUAAAGCGUUAUUUUAUUUUUAAUGUGUAAUCCUUAACAUCACAGAGCCUAUUGAUAGAUAAUGAUGUUUUUUUUUUGAGACUGAUAUUGAAUAUUGAGAAGUGUUUCAUGCACGUGCAAUUAGAUAUGUUUGAGUGUCUUUAGGCUCUAUAAGGAGGAGUAUUGUGCGGAUUUUUAUUUUUAAUUCAUAGACAAAUAAUAUUAUGUAAACGAUUUAGGGUUUGUAUGCAUGUGGUGUUCGUUCUCUAAGUCGUUAAGUGUGUUUUUCCAAUAAUUAUAAAUAUUCUAUAUGUAUAAAUAUGAUUUAGGAAUAUUAGUCUUUGUUGCGUAAUUUUGAGCUUGAUUUUUUCUCUUUAUUUUAGAAGACCGAGGGGGCGCGGGGUAUUAGUAUUUUUGAAUAAUAUUUCAUACUAUAGCUGUAUUUGUAACUAAUGUGAUUAAUGUCAACAAUAAAAAAUGUAAAUGUUAAGUGUAGCAUAUUGUUUAUUUUUGUUGUUAUUAUUAUUAAAACUUUUUUCUUGAGGGGAAUUGGUGAAUUAAGUUAAAAUUUUUUCUUCUGUAAUGCACAGCGUAAUAUUAUGUUAUAGUCGGGUGUGUUCAUGUGUUCAACUAAAUAUUUAUUAUGUAAUAAUAUUGUACUCUUUGAACAAUACACUUUUAACCACUGCCCCUUCACUGGUUACCCGGUAUAUCUGCUUAUAUUUUAGCACUAUAGUGUGUACUUAUAUUCAUGUUUAAAUAUUUUGUUGAAAUAUAUAAAAUAUGUUACCAAAUUAAAAUUAAACGUUUAAAAAAAAAAAUUAACCAUGUGAUUUCUUCUUUACCAGAGUAUCUAUUACUAUUAUAAUAUAACUCAGUUUUCGUUAAUGUUUCACAAUGACAUCGCGAUUAUUUCCUAUUAAAACUAGUUCUUCUAUCUUAUUAUAAUGUUGUAAUGUAAUGUAGUAAGAAUUUGUAUAGCGAAUGUACAAAAUAAAGUCUGUGAAAUGAUAAUUAAUCCCGAUACUAAGUUCUCAUGAACCAGCAGUCAUUACUAGAAAACAAAAGACUAAACAGAUUAAGUAUUGAAAUAAAUAUUCGUUUACUAAAAAAAAAAAUUAAAUACAUUUUUAUUUACAUAAUAUACAUACUUAUAUAUAUAUAUAUAUAUAAUUAUUAUUAUAUACUAUGUAUAAAUAUAAUAUGCUAGUACACUGUUGAUAUUUUAAACUAGUCCAGUUCAUCAUUUACUGUUACCAACAGACAAUCAUAGGGUUUGUUGAGAAGAGUUUUGACAAUAAAAUGAUAGUUAUGAUAAUAAUAAUAAUAAUAAUAAUUAUAAUAAAAUUAAUUAUAAUAACAAUAAUAAUGAAUUCUACAGACCUUUUUAUUAUUGACCAAAAAAUACAAAUAUUUAGGGGUUUAUAACAUAUCUGUUAUUAUAAAUUCGACAAAACUCCUAUUCAGUGUCUAUAAAUCUGUUGGUAACCAUAUUGUAAUAAUAUUUGUCCUUUAUGUGAUUAUGUCAGUUAGACUGAAAAAAAUUUGUUUUUAUUUUUUUGUUGGAUUUUGUGUAAAACGAUAGGUAUUAUUAUAUAGUAGUAUGUGUGCACGCGUGGUGCGGUUAUACAAUUUAUUAAUAGAAAUUUGUGCAAAGAAAAAAUAAAUUAUUAUUUUCCAAUUAAAACAUCUCAUAUCUUGUAAUAAUAUUUUUAAUAUAUAAAUGUAUAUUAUAUUAAAUGAUAACUAUUUGUCGGGACGUUUCUUAUAUAAAUAGCACGUUUUUUAUGUGCAGAGAUAACUUUUAAGUUUUCGUCUUGUUUUUGCUCAAAAGUAAUAGUCUCUGCGCACCAUGAUUUCCAUAUUUUAGUGAUUUUUGCAAGUCUGUUAUUUAUUCAAUUAUUUUUCUGCGAAUACGAUUAACCAAAACAAAAAAAAAAUAAAAUUAUAUAUAUAUAUAUAUAUAAAUAAAAUAAUGAUAAAACAGGGUUAAAAUGUUAUACUAUUUUCUUUCCUUUUUUUUUUUUAAAAAAUUUUCUUCUUGCUUUAUUAUUUGCUGUAUUAUUAUUGAAUUAUUUUUCUCGAGUACAUACUAUUAUUUAUGUUGGCAAACGACGAAAAAGAAUCACCACCUGGCCUUAAAAAUAUCAUCUUGUUUACAUAUUAUAAUAUACUUUAUAUGAAGUAGCUCAAUUUGUGUAAUAAAGGUACAUAUUAUAUUUCUUUUGACACCAAAUGUGAAAAAAAAAUUGUGAUAUCAAUAAUAUACAAAAAUAAUGUAUCGUUUGUCGUGUGUGUGUUCUAUAUGUUUUGUUUUGUCCUAUAUAUAACAUUUUCAAGUUAUUGUGAUACAAUAAAAUUGUCGUUCGUAAGAACCAGGACACUCCUGCCCACUGUGCACGGGUUUGUCGCGUAUGAAUAUUGAGGUGCUAAAUAUUAGCAAAAAAUAAAAAUGCAGCAUUUGGCCCUGUCUUACUUUUAUUACAUGUAAGUUGUGUAGGAUAGGUUAGAAUGUUAACCUAGUGUAAUCUAACCUGAUCUCUUCGGAUUUUGUUGAACUUCGACCAUUUUAAACAUGUGCCUUAAAAAUGAUAUACAUAUUAUUUUAUUAUAAUAUUUGUAUCAUGUUGUCAUCAUCUGGAAUUCUGGAAUUGUAUGUAAUGUGUAUUGACAAAAAAAAAAAAAAAAACCAAAAAAGAUUGUUUGUUUUUUUUAUGGGCGUGUUUUGGUGUUUUUAUUGUUGCCCUCUCUGGUUUUGCCAACUUCAAAAAAAAAAAAAUUAUCAAAUAGUUUAUAGUAGUUAUUAUAUUUUUAUUUUUCAUGUGUGCUGCUAGUUUUAUAACGUAUAACUUAGUAACUCUUAUAUUUCUAGUCAUGCCUGGUAAACAUAACAUUAUUACAAUAUAUAUAUAAUAUUAUUAUUCUGGAUAAAACGUCAUAUUACUUGAACUAUUAAGGUUUUUUUUCGUUUAGAAAUUAAUGUAUUAUAGAAUAUUGUAACGAGCAUAUUAUAUUGUAUUAUGAUUAUUAGACAUAAUAUAGUAUAUCAAAAAUGGUCAAAGAACAUAUUAUUACUUAGAAAUUAAUAAUGAAAGUGUUAUAUAUUUAUAUAUAUAUAUAUAUAUAUAUAUAAAUAAAUAAAAAAAAAUUGUAUUUUAUUAUAAUAUGGUGAUGGAAACUUACUGACCAUUAAAUUUUUGUUUUAGUAUUAUUUCUGUUUCAGAAAUAAAAAAAUUGUCUCUCAUAGUAUAUAACUUGGACAUUUUAUUAUAUUAUUAAAAAAAUAAAAAUAAAAUAAUGAGUAUUUGAGACUUAAAAGAUAAUAAAAUCUCAAUGUUCACUGCUGAUAUGAAUUUGCCUUAUAUCGUGUUUAAUUUUUUUUUUUCUUUAAGAGAAAAUACAUAUUUAAUGGCAUUUUAAUCCAUUUUUUUCAUAAACAACUAAGUGGCCUUUUAGCGGUAUUUUUGUUUUAUUUUUUGUUAAGACAAACAUAUAUAUAUAUAUAUAUAUAUAUAUAUAUAUAUAUAUAUAUAUAUGUAUAUAUACUUAAUAUUAAUAUUUGUGAUGUAUAACAUAUAAUUACAAUAUUAUAAAUUUAAAUAAAAUAUGUAUUACCAUAUUGUAAUCGAGUGAUAAUAAUUACAAUUUUUUUUAACCAACUAAUAAUUGUUUGUACCUGGCUGUUAAAAAGAUAUUCUGAUCGAAUUUUAACUUCAAAACAUCCUUUAUCGGGCGCUCGUUGCCAAAUAAGUAACGACAAUGUACACAUUCGUAUUUUUCUUUCUAUGUUACAUAUUGUGGUUCCAAAUAUUAACUAUGCAAUUAUUAUGUAACAGUUUUGAAUAAUAUCUACCUUUUUUAGCUAAGACCAAAAUUAGGAUUGAAGUAUAAUAUAAUAUUAAUAAUAAUACAUUUUACAUAUAAAGGUAUAAUAACAAUUAUAUAUUAUAUAUUACAACUUAAUUAUUAUUAUUAACUUUUAAGGAUCUAUGUAUGUAAUGAUUAUGAUGUAUUUAAUAUAUACUUAUAUUAUUAUUGAGAAGAAAAAUUUAAUUUUUAGUAGCUGUUGUAAGUGCAAUAUAGGUAUAUUGCUUUCUCUCUUGGUUAUAAUAAAAGUAAUAUUUAUCUUAGUGAAUAUUAUUAAUUAACCCAUUUUGAUUGUUUUGUAAUUAUUCGUAAUUCAAUAAAGGUUGUAAUUAAUAAUUUUUGUUGUACCUUUUUUUUUUUUCAAAAAAUAGUGUACAGCCAGCUUCUUGUCAUCCAACCAUGCCUUCCAAUCCUUUCAAAAUAGACACAUACAUACUAAAU